AUGAAAAGAGAAAAGAAGCAGAAACUUCAACGACUACAGCUAAGAUAUUUCGUCAUCUUCUUAUCCAAAAAAUUUAACGCUGAUGUUGACUCAACUAAUUUUGAAAAAGUUAAAGUGUUGAGUAAUUUCAUUUACGCUAAGCAAAGUAACAGCAACGAGCGAAACUGGAGCAUUCGAAAUAAGUGA